UUCUAUAAAGGAAUGGUGCGGCACAAGUCAGGCUACAAAAUAAGGUGCAUCUCACAAGAACACAACUAACUACCUGAGGAGGUUACAGGUAAGAAGAUGAGAAGCAUUUCAGUAAUCAUGAGCCUGAUCAUGCUGGCCAUUGUGAGCGAAUACACGUCAUCGUCCCCAUUACACCAGACCAGCCAAUUGCAGAAACUGGCAAAAAUGGUUUUGUCGUACAUCAACAAGUCGAAGAACCAAGAAACAGCGAAGCCCUUGAUCGACCUUCAUCGUCCAAACGGCUCGGAAUCGGAGGACGACGAGGAGAUGGACGGAGGAUGGAUCGACUUCGAGGACGGUGACGAAGAAGUGAAGAAAUUCAAGCGACAAUACGACGAUUACGGUCAUUUAAGGUUCGGCAGAAAUGCCAAAGGAAUGGCCAAAAAAUACGACGAUUACGGUCACAUGAGGUUUGGAAAAUGAAUGCUCCUUCCCGGUGGUUCUGUCCCCGUCGGACGAUUGCCCUCUUCUUUUCUGUUUCCGAGUCUCUGGGACUUGCCAGGGAAAUUUCUGUUCUCUCGUUCAUUAUAGCAUGUAUCGAUUAAACACAAAAUAUUAUACAGGGUUAUUAAAAACAAAAUAAAUGUCAUUCGAUGAAACCGAAAGUGUUAAUUUUGUCCGUGCUCCGCAUGCAGAUAUUGUAAAUA